AUGAUCAAACUGUGGGUCAUGAAAAACUUUUUAACUUUAGGGCGAGGCACGGUGGAUCAGCUGGUAAAGCGUCAGCCUCACAGUUCUGAGGACCCGGGUUUGAUCCCGGCCACGCCUGUGCGGAGUUUGCAUGUUCUCCCGUGCCUGUGUGUUGUUUUCUCCGGGCAGUCCAGUUUCCUCCCACAUCCCAAAAAACAUGCAACAUUAAUUGGACACUCUAAAUUGCCCCUUGGUGUGAUUGUGAGUGAAGCUGUUUCUCUCGAUGUGCCCUGCGAUUGACUGGCAAUCAGUUCAGGGUGUACCCCGCCUCCUGCCUGUUGAGAGCUGCGAUAGGCUGGAUGGAUGGAUGUUUUGAGAGGAAAUGAAAUGAAUACUUGAUUGGAAGCAUUUAAUUAAAAAAAAAAAACUUACAAGCAACCAAGAUUCAAAAGGUUUUGUAACUUGAUGAAGAAAUAUCUUUAGACCGCUUCACUCAUUGGUCUUAUUGAUAGUCAAUUCUGAGAGGUAUUAAUUGGUUAUUAUUAACAGUUUACUCUAACAUACUGAGCACCCCUUUUGUAAACACCAAUCAAUAUGAUGCGGUGUUGCGCAGUUGAACAUCAUUGUGACCUACAGUAUGUUUGUUGCUUUCAAUUUUUUGUGAUUGAUGUUUAAAAUGUUUCCAUUAUUCAGUUUUUUAUACACUCGUCUAGCAGUGGUGUUUUUAGUUUCCCUGUGGAACCCCGCCAUCCCCCAAUAAACAAGAACAUUUCUAUCAUCGAUGUCCUGUGCCUCUUGAGGUGCCCAGCAGCUCACCACCAGCAGGCAACAGGUGACUCUUGGGGCCCCCCUUCAUCUUGGGGACUUAGACGAUUGCCCUGGGUUGUCUUCCCUGUUGCGAGGUCUGACCUGAAACUCAUAAUCCUGCGUGAAACUUUCACUGAUCACUUUAUUUUGAUACCUCUGAAUAGUAGCAAUCCUUCAUUAAUUACACCGAGCCGGUUCUUGCCAGGAAUGCUGUUAGGUGACUAGGCCGUUGGGUGGGACGCGCACGCGCUAGCACACACACACACACACACACAGGAUAUUCAUGUGCCGAAACAGUGCUAGAGUCACUUUUAGUUUGUGUUUUUUCAGUAAUGAAGUCAGCCGUUUUGUCCGUUCUAGUGUUGGUUUCAUGCAUCAUCCUAUUUCCAACUUCAUGUGCUGACAACUGUUCCAGCUACUGGGACGACGGCGGCCUCCGUCGCGAUGGUCGCCAGUGUGGGGGCAUGUACUGCUGUGGAACCUGCAGCGAUAAAUACUGCUGCGCUGAAAAAACACAACAAUUAACUCAAGAGGAGCAGGAUCUCUGCCAUGACUGGCCUCGCUUUGAGAAGCAUACGAGACCUGGCAUACUCUUGGGAAGCAUCCUUGGCGCAGUCAUUCCAAUAAUCUUCUGCGUAGGUCUCAUCACCUGCUUUGUGGCGCCGUGCUGCUUUCUGUACAAAAAGUGCAAGAAACGACCAAACUCGCAGCAGCGUCAAAACGUGACAUCCACCUUUGUCGCCGCACCCACUCAGCCAGCGUCCCCACCCCAACAUUCGCCGUCCCACCCUGGCUACCAACCCGUGCCAGUCUGGGCUCAUUACGCAGGCCCCGCCGUACCCACAGCACCAGUGGGACCUCCCUCAUACAUGGAAGCAGUUCCUCCGCCGUACUCGCCAGGGGUUGUGGCGCCACUUCCAGAUGAACAUUUGCAACCUCCCUACAACCCUUCCUACGGUUUCAACCCCUAAAUCACACGCGUGGAAGGAAGCACAUUUGUGUGGAAUCAUUUGGUAUGAUGAAGCAAUUUUGUGGACAGCUGAAAAGGUACAGCAAAAGCCAAAUGCCAGCGUGAAAAUAUAAAGUCCUGAAUGACCUUGAAUGUGUUUUCAUUUACAGUCGUGGGGGAGAAGGGAG